AUGGUACCAUUGAUGGAACGCCUCGUCCGGCUCGCUCUUAUCCUCUCCUCCCCUACCCUCCUAAUCUCAACCGCAACCGCCAGCACCACGGAUCGGGACCCUACUCGGCCAUGGGAAGCCUACAUCAAGAGCCCAUCCUCCCGGACCGUCCUCCCGAAACAAAUCCACGCCGUCUCCGGCCCGGCAGAGGUGACGUCCGCCGAUGACGGAAGCUUUCUUCUGGCCCUCCAACCCGGGGGCCAAGUCUCCCUCGACUUUGGCUACGUCGGCGGUCUCUUAUCCAUGACAACGGAAUCACGAGACGUAUCGUUGUCGUCCAAGAACUCAUCAGAGCCGCACUUCUCCCUCGCCUUCGCGGAAUCCCCAUCCUUCGUCCGCGCCAUCUCAGACGACACGGGCGCAACACCCUCCCAGGACUACGACAAAGUCCUCAACGUCACCGUACCUCCGGGAUCUACUACCCCCUCCUCGUACACCAUGCCCAGCGAGCGCUUCCGCGGCGGCUUCAAGUUCCUCACCAUCCACGCCUUCCGCCCCGUCACACUCUCCUCCAUCGUCUGCCACCUAGGCUACUCCCCCUCGCAGCAGGCGCCCAACGUCUGGCCAGGCCACUUCUACACCCCCGACGACGACCUCCUCACGCGCGCCUGGCACGCCGGCGUCUUCACAGCGCAGACCAACAUCGCGCCACCCAACACCAGCCGCUGGCUGCCGCAGGUCAAAGACGGCUGGGCCUAUAACGCAACCCUCGGCGUCGAAGGCCCCAUGCUCCUCGACGGCGCAAAGCGCGAUCGGGCGGUCUGGCCCGGCGAUCUGGGCAUCGCGGGCACGACGGCGUACCUAGGCCUCGGCGACAUCGGGAUCGAGUCCGUUCACUACGCCCUGGAGACCAUGUUUGUGUACCAGAAUGCCUCGACCGGCGCCUUGCCCUUCGCCGGCCCGACUACGGGCUCCUGGAGGCGCGGCGCCAGAAGCGACACGUACCACGCCUGGACCCUGAUCGCGUGCUUCAACUACGCAAUCUUCACGCGCGACGAGGACUGGGUCGUGGCCCGCUGGGGCAAUAUCUCGGCGGGCGUCGGCUACAUCCUCCGCGCCCUCGACGACAGCGGCGGCGUGGGGCUCGCGGAGCAGGUCGAGACCAACGACUGGGCACGGCUCGGCGGCGGGGCUUUCAACAGCGCGCUGAACGCGCUGAAUUACCACGCUCUGUACGCUCUGGCCGGUCUGGCCGCCGACACGGCCACGGAGGCUAACGGGCGCGGAGUACAAGCAGAGACGUGGGCGGCGGCGGCGGCGAGAUUAAAGGCGGCAUACAACGUCGUGCUCUGGGACGCCUCGGCCUCGCUCUUCCGCGACAACGAGACCUCGGCGGGAGCGCGCCUCUUUCCGCAGGACGGCAACGCCCUAGCGCUGCAUUACAACCUCACGACAUCUCCCGAACAAGCCUCGGCCGUCUCAGCGGCGCUGCUCCGCAACUGGAACGACAUCGGGCCCGUCACGCCGGAGCUGCCAGACACCAUCUCGCCCUUCAUCUCGGGCGUGGAAGUCCUCGCGCACUUCACCGCGCGGCGACCCCGUCGCGGCCUGCGGCUGAUGAGGCGGACGUGGGGCCACAUGCUCGACUCGCCGCUCAUGACGGGCUCGACGCUCGUCGAGGGGAUGAGCGCCAACGGGUCGCUGUACUACCGCUCGCAGAGAGGGUACAACUACGACGCGGCGUACACUUCGCUCUCGCACAGCUGGUCCACGGGGCCUACGCAGGCGCUGAGCUUCAAGGUUGUCGGGCUCGAGGUCGUCGGGUGGAACCGGUGGCGGUUCGAGCCGCAGAUGGGGGACCUGAGGCGGGCCGAGACUGGAUGGAGGGACGGCAAGGGGGGCGAGUUUGGGGCCGUCGUUGUGAUGGUUGGUGGCGGCGGCGGCGGUGAUGGUGAUGGUGAGCAGGGAAAGGGCGGGGUGCUGGAGGCGGAGAUACUGACGCCUGAAGGGACUGAAGGGUUGCUUGAGAUUCCAUCUUGUGAGGUUGUUUUUGUUGAUGGGCAGAAGUGGGAUGGUAGUGGGAUUAAAGGAGGGCGGACGAAGAUUAGGGGCGAAGGAUGUCAGGCUACUUGUUGA